AGAUAAAAACUUCAUCUUUAAACUAAACUGCGUCAUCACAUUAAAUCACGCAGCGGCAUGAAGUCAACUUGGCAAAUCCAGCCAUGAACUGCCCCUCCUCACAGGGUGGGGUCUUCCUUUUAUAACCUGUAAAAAAAACCUGUCACAUGAUCUCUACUGGCGGGAAAAUGAUGUCACUCCACCAUCACAAGACCAUUACCUCAAGUCCAGUAUAGCUUCAACCCCAGUCACGUGACAAGGGUACCACUGUCAUGUGUCAUGAGUACAUAACACUAUGCUAAUAUAUUACUCCCAGUUCCAUGCAGAUGUCUUUUAUACUGUAUCUUAUCGAAUGCCUUCUGAAAAUCCAAGUGUAUAUCAUCCACCUCUUCCCCUCUGUUCAUAGACCUCAACUCCAGUAACUUUGUCAAACAGGACUUGCCCUUCCUGAAUCCAUGCUGUGUCUGCCUGAUGAACCCCUUCUAUCUAGAUGUCUCAUAAUUCCUUCUUUAAUGAUAAAUUCAAGUAUUCUCCUGAUUACAGAUGUUAAGCUAACUGGCUGACAGUUACCUGCCUUUUGCCAACAUACUUUUUUUAAAACUGUGGCUUGACAUUCGUGUCUUCCAAUCCACCAGAAUCUGCCCAGGGUAUGGAGAAAUUUGGUAAGUUAUCACAAAUGCCCUGCUGAAACUACUGCCAUGUCUGUCAGUACCCUGGUUGCAUCCCAUUGGGACCAGGGAACUUGUCUUUUUAGGCCCACUGAUUAGCUCAGCACUACCCCUUUAGUGACACUGAUUAUAUUGAGAACCUUACCUCACAUCGUAUCCAUAACGGUUCUCUUAGACAUGUUAGAUAUGUCCUCCACAAUGAAGACCAACACAAAAUAGUCAUUCAAAGCCUUGGUAUUUCUGCAUUACCCAUAUUAAUUCUCAUUUUUCAUCUUUUAAUCAGUUAGCCAUUCCUUUCUGCUUUAUAUAAUUAUAAAACUUAUGACUAGCAUCAAAGGUUACGGAGGGAAUGGAAUUGAGAAGGAUAAUAAAUCGGCCAUGAUGGAAUGGCAGAGCAGACUCAAUGGGCUAAAUGGCCUAAUUCUGCUCCUAUGUCUUAUAAAAACCUUUACUAUCUGCUUUUAUAUUUUGUGCUAGUUUACUUUUAUAAUCUAUCUUUCCAUUCUUUAUUGCGUGCUUAGUGGUACUUUGUUGCUUUUUUUUGAAUCUUCCAGUUUCCUACUACUCUUCGUGACUUGAAUACACAAACUUUAAAUUUGAUGUCUUCCUAUAUUUCCUUAGUUAUCCAAGACUGGGUCUCUCCACCCUGUCCUGACUGUCCUUGCUUUUAACUGGAAUAUACUGUAUUUUCAUUGAGCAUGGUGAGAAACCUCUAUGAAAGUCUUAAACAGUUCCUCACUGUGUUCCCAGUCUACUCUUCCCUUAUCUCAUUGUAGUCUGUCUUCUUUAGAUAUUAUAUACUGGUUCUAGGUUAAGCUAUUGCACCUUCUAUGAGAAAUUCACCCAUACUCAUUCUAAGAUUAUCUCAAACUACAAGAUAUUUAAUUUUACCUGUCCCAUUGCACAAGAUCAGAUCUAAGAUUGGAUUUUCCUUUGAAGGUUCGGGAACAUAUUGUUCAAGAAAGCUAUCAUGGUUGCAUUCUGAGAAGUCAUCCUCAAGACCACCUCAACCAACUUGAUUCACUCAAUCUAUGUGCAAAUUCAAGCCCUCCCAUGACAUUAGCCAUUCCAUUCUUACAUGCCGCAGAUUAAGAACACUUGCUGUUCUGUCCAACCUGAACCAUUGAUCAUCUUUUGCCACUACAGAUGCUGCCUGAUCUGCAGAGUUCCUCCAGCAGCUUAUUUCUAUUUUUUUCCACCAUUCAAUAAUACGGCUGAUCUGACUGUUGCUGUCAACCCCCACUUACCUUCCCAAUGUCCAUAAGCAUUGAUUCCUCUGUAGAGUAAAGAUAUAUGUCAACUUCGACUGUGCUUAACGUCUCAGCCUCCACAAAUAACUAGGUUGGAAAAUUCCAAAGUGCUCAACUUUCUAUUUCACCUCAGUCUUUAAUGGGAAACUCUUGUAAGUCUUGAAGGGCAACACAUAAAGCUAGAUAAUAUUGCUACUCCACAUUCUGUUUCAUGCUUUUUACUGCUUUGUCUUUGUUUUCUUUUAAUGGAAAUGAUGGUAUUAAUCUAUAUCUAAGUUAUGAAGCUCUUUUAUAGUAAUGAUGCUACCAGUCUCUAUUGGUAUACAUUUAUGGUAUAGUCUAUGUUAUUGUGUGAAGCAAUGAUAGUGUUGUUUUGUAAGGCUAUUUCAUCGUCUGAAUGGAAUUGUGCAGUAGUGAUAUUGUACAUCACCGUUAAUUGCACAGUAUCAUUAUAGCCAUACAGUAUUAAACCAUCGUCACCCACACCUCAGAUAGUAUCACCCUUGUAGCUGUAAGGGUAACAGCAAUUUUAUCGUGCAACUGCAAAUGCAAUGUAAUGAUACAGUUAAUCUCUGUAUUUGUUUUAUAGUUGUGUAAGAGCGUCUCUUCAUUGUUGCUACACUAUUACUCUAUAAUUACUGUUUCCAUUACGGCCAAAAUAAGCAGAGAAGUGCCCGGACCGCUGACUUUCCGUCAGCAUCGAGAUUAGGGGAUGGGCGAGCCUACUGACCCUGCGAUGUCAGGGAGACAGACGGCGUCACAUUGACCCGGCACAGAGCGAUUCACGCCUAGGCAAAGCCGGGGAUCAGGAAGACAGAACACAAAGCCGGAGAACUAUGUGUGACUUUGCAGGAAAAGGGUGAAGCAGGUCAUUGCUGAUCAUGGAAGCGCUCGUGUAAACAUUGCAGGCUGCUGAGGCUGAGUGCGCUGGGGGAAAAGAUCGGCGACACCCGGGAGUUGAACUUACAACACGUCUAUGCAGCUAAAAAGAGUAAAACUAUGAGCAGAUUUUGGAACCAACUGCUGGCUGGAAGCUCUGAAGUGGAUUGGUGUGAGGGGAAUUACAUGAUCGUCUCAAACAUUGCUGAAUUUUACAACACGAUCAGCAAUGUUCUAUUUUUUGUGUUGCCACCGAUAUGCAUGUGCUUAUUUCGGCAGUAUGCAACAUGUUUCAACAGUGGAAUAUAUCUAAUUUGGACUCUGCUUGUUGUUGUAGGUAUAGGUUCAGUUUACUUUCAUGCAACUUUGAGCUUCUUUGGUCAAAUGUUGGAUGAACUUGCAAUUCUUUGGGUUCUAAUGUGUGCCUUGGCCAUGUGGUUCCCCAGACGAUAUUUACCACGGAUCUUUCGACGAGACAGGAGCCGAUUUAAGGCUGCUGUUGGUAUUCUGUCUGGUGUUACCACAUGUCUUGCCUUUGUGAAGCCAGCAAUCAAUAACAUUUCAUUGAUGACACUAGGAAUCCCCUGCACAGCUCUGCUUAUUGCUGAAUUAAGAAGGUGUGAAAAUAUUCGUGUGUACAAGUUGGGUCUCUUAGCAGGGUUUUGGUGGGCGCUAGCCCUGCUCUGCUGGAUCAGUGAUAACCUUUUCUGUGAGCUCUGGUCUGCAUUCAACUUUCCGUAUCUACAUUGUGUCUGGCAUAUCCUGAUCUGUCUGGCUGCUUAUCUGGGCUGUGUCUGCUUUGCCUACUUUGAUGCUGUCUCAGAAAUCCCUGAACAGGGCCCAGUCAUCAAGUUCUGGCCCAGUGAGAAGUGGGCCUUCAUUGGUGUUCCUUAUGUUUCUCUGCUUUUUGCAGAAAAUAAGUCUCAACUGAAGGUUACUUAAGAGCACAGCAACCCAUUUGGCCACAUGUUAUUUUGAAUACUAUCUCGGAAAAGCUUUAUUUCAUGAGGCAGAGGGUGCCUCCCAAAUUUGCACCUUAGAUCCACCAGUUAUUAACACUAAAUCUCUUAGGAGAUUAUGGGAGUAAGAUUUACUAGAGUUUUAAAAUGUACACUUGAUUAUUUCACACUCAUUGGACCAGAUUCAGACAGUCAUAACAUUUGUGGUGUCAACGCGGUUACAUGAUCUCAUCUUCCACCAGCGUUACCUGUGGGUAAGAGUCGGUCUCCAUAAGUAAACAGUUCAAGCAUUGAUUAUCCUGCAACUCUUGAAGGGAAUGUGUAUUGCAGCAGGAACAGACAACAGACCUCUUUCUGGAAGUUUGCUGCUUGUUGGAAGAGAUAACAGAAUGCAAGCAAGGGCACCCAAGUUUUCUUACAUAGAACUGGAAGACUUAGGCAAUGUGGAGAGAAAGAAUAUACUCCUUGCUCA